AUGUUGAGGCAAGCCAGUGAAACUUUCAUCAGCGGCAAUGGCCAUACCAAGGGGGACUUCAAGCGCCGACAUUCUCUAGGGCCGAGGCGAGCCGAAGUAGUGCGUAUCAGGGAGAAGUAUCCUGAUAGAAUACCUGUGAUUGUGGAGAAAGCUAUAUUCACUGACAUUCCUAACAUUGCCAAGAACAAAUUCCUUAUCCCUCCCGAUAUUUCUCUUGGACAAUUUGCUUAUGUUAUUCGAAAGACGAUCCACCUCAAAGCGGACAAGGCUAUAUUUGUCUUCGUCAACAACACUUUACCUCGCACUUCUGCCUUGAUGUCUGAAAUUUAUGCAGAAAACGCGGAUGAAGAUGGAUUCCUUUACGUGGUAUACAGUGGAGAGGGUGCCUUCGGGUCACUUUAA